AUGGCAGGCAUCCUCAUCGGCAUCGCUAUCUCUAGUUGGCUGGUGCUAGGCUCCAUCGUGUACCCUCGGCAAGCGGACGCGCUGCCUACGUCAACCGCUGGAUGCCCAAACUUCAACCGAACCAUCCACGCUGGAUCUUACGCGUCACCUCCCGCGCCAAGUGGGUUCCUCCGGUUCUACCACAUCUCCUUCAAAUGGGUCGUCCUAGUCGGCUUUCUCACCCACCUGAUCGUCUCGCUGGUCGUCAGUCUCCUCUUUGCUGAGGGUAGCAAGCCGGACAUGCAUAUGCAACGCAACGAGAAGGACUGCGUGGAUCCCCAGUACAUCUGCCCCUUCAUACGUCCAUGCAUGCGAAACUACAUCCGGUGCAGUAACGACGCUGACAACGCACUCGGGGAGCAACUGCGGACGAACGGAACGGCACCAACUGAACUCUGCGAGCUCACGUCGGAAUGGCAACAGCCUACCGGGUCCACAGGGCCUAGAACCACAGAACCAUGGUGCGCAAUGCCAACUUGAAACGUCAUCGAACUCCACUGUUUCAUUUCCAUCAUGUACUACUUAUUUUCACGCGGACAUAAGAUGUCCACUCAUGUUUAAAAAUAUGUCUGGCGUUCUGCUUCACGCUCAUGGAAAAUAAAGAAAAGCUAG